GGCGGCAUGAACGAUUGAACGGAUCGUACGACGAAUUUGUGCGCACUGUCUCGUUAACUGUUGAUAAGUGGAGCUGUCAAUUGAUCGCCUCAUUCGGCACUGUCACUUAAGGAGCUUUUGUAGGCGCGGAUUCGAGUGGGGCGUUAGACGAAGAGGAGGAGGAGGAAGAAGAAGAGGAGGAAGAUGUUGUGUCGUGAUCGGUAAAUAGCCUCGACCUGGCCUCCGGGCGGGCUCCGAUAAACAAUGUUGACGUGAGUCAACGGCGCUCCGUGAGCGAGAGGACGAGGCGUGGGAGAAAAAGAGAGAGAGAGAAGCGCGAGACCGGGGACAAUGUUGGUGCCUGCGCGGGUAAGAUAAGAACGUGCUAAUCGUGGAGAACGCCGCCCCAGGAGGAGCAAUGGACGAUGAACAGCCGGCGAGGGAGGCCAACAAGAUCUGCGGAGUCUGCGGCGACCGGGCGCUCGGCUACAACUUCAACGCCGUCUCCUGCGAGAGCUGCAAGGCCUUCUUCAGGAGGAACGCGUUAAAGAACAAGGACUUUAAAUGCCCCUUCACGGAAAACUGUACCAUCACAACCAUAACCAGACGAUUUUGUCAAAAAUGCCGCCUGGACAAGUGCUUCAGUAUUGGCAUGCGCAAGGAGUACAUCAUGUCUGAGGAGGACAAGGUCCUAAAGCGCAAGAAGAUUGAGAAGAACCGCGCGAAGAAACGAUCUCAGUCCGAUAGUAAUGGCAAAACGUCGAAAAUUAAGAAGGACUGUGUAAACGACUGUACGUUCGAGGACACGUCGAUGUCGGUUAAUUCGGUCGCGUCGACGAUGUCGACGGAAACGUAUUUUUGGGAGUCUGACAAAAAGUACACGGAUCUAGAUAGCAGCAGUAAUAACAGGCAAAACGUCGUCGAGAGUAUGAGCCCGGUAACGGCGGCGAGCGUGCCGAGUCCCUCGAGUCCACCGGAGAACACGAAUAUCGCCGAAACGAAGACGUUGGACAUGCUAAAGGAGUCCGCUCACGGUUCGAGAUCUAAUCUCGCGAGGUACGGACAGCUUGUUUGGCAUACAGAAAACGACGAAGAAAUGAAAUUAAUUAGAUUAUCUGUUUACAGCCGCGCGAGAUUCACCGAUCUUAACGUUGCGCUUCAGAGUAUAGGACCGGACAAGAGCUCUUCUCCAAGCGCGGGAAAAUACGAGCAGAAUUCGUUGCAAUUUAGUUCAGAGUUUGUAGACGUCAAUCAUGAAUCAUCGAACUACGGGUCCACAUUCGAGGAAAAUACGCCUAAUUACUCCAAAUUCGACCAAACUUCUGAACAAAAUUCCUCUAUGUACAUUGAUCCUCUAUGCACAACGCACAGCGGAACGAGUCAGUCCAAUGAUUUAAAUUCGCCAUCGCACGUGCAACUCGCGAAAGAGGAGACGUCGAUAUGCCAGAAGCCGAAGGAAACGUGUUCGAGCGGUAACAAUUUGGUCGCAAAGUUCAAGCAAGAUCCUGGCUUGUUGACAAAAUUCGUCAAUAAUCCAAAUUUAGUCGCGAAGAUAUUUCAAGAUCAGAAGGUAAUAAUGAAGAUUAUAACUGAUCCCGAUAUGGCCACGUGUCUAGCGGCAGAUCCGUGUAUCACGCAAUUCUUGGAGGAACACGACACAAUCGAUACGACAAUCGCCAGGCGUGACCGUGAUGCCAAAACGAAGGUCCAGUCGAAAGACGUUCCAGAGAGUAGUAAUGGCAGCUCAGGUGAUUCCAGGUAUGGGCCUGUGAAGUCUAAAGGGAGUCAUAUAGAAAAUCCGAUUCUGACUGACCUGAUUACGAACCGUAACGCGGAGGAGUGCAAAAAUCAAAAUUUGGAAUCUAGCACAAAUACGGAUUGGAAUAAAAAUACAGCCGACGUUACUAAAGAUGUUCUCCAGGAUGUUCAAAGAAUACCAAUUGCCGCUAAUUCUAUAGAAUCUAUCUUGUGUGAAGCCAUCAAGUUAGAAUAUUCAGCAUUUUCUAGUUUUGGUGGUAAUCAAAGUAGCAGGGAAUUGAAUGAUGCUGAGAGAGCGAAAUUGAACGAGCUGAUAGUUGCUAAUAAAGCGUUAUUAGCUCCGUUGGACGAUGACAUAACAAAUUUGGUUGGCGAGGAGUGCAAAUUCAAGAAUAAUUUUGGACAAUCUGAUCCAAUGUUGUUGGAUGUUAUAAAUUUGACGGCUAUAGCGAUUAGACGCUUGAUAAAGAUGUCCAAGAAAAUAAACGCCUUUAAGAAUAUGUGUCAGGAGGAUCAAUUGGCUCUGUUAAAAGGCGGUUGCACGGAAAUGAUGAUCUUAAGAUCAGCCAUUAAUUAUGAUCCAGAUAAAGACAUGUGGAAAAUACCCCAUAGCCAAGAGAGCAUGUCGAAUAUUAAAGUUGACGUCUUAAAAGAAGCGAAAGGAAACUUGUAUGCGGAGCACGCGAGAUUCGUCAGAACAUUCGAUCCCCGAUGGCGGGAUGAAAACAUCAUUUUGAUUUUAAGUGCGAUCGCCUUAUUUACGCCUGAUAGACCGAGAGUUGUGCAUGGGGAUGUUAUUAAAUUGGAGCAGAAUUCCUACUAUUAUCUCCUCAGACGAUAUCUAGAGAGUGUUUAUCCUGGUUGCGAAGCUAAGUCUACAUUCCUCAAAUUAAUACAAAAGAUUUCUGAACUCCAUAAACUGAACGAUGAAGUUGUGGGAGUUUAUUUGAAUGUUAAUCCAUCCAGUGUAGAACCGCUACUUAUAGAAAUAUUCGAUUUAAAGCACUGAUUACUAGCUUGUAAAGUCAAGAGUUUCUACUUUAUGUGUAUAAUGGGGAAAUUGAACUAUGCAUUCGAGUGUAUUCGAGUACUGCACUCGUGCCACAAUGUAUUUUUAAGGUUAAUCUUCCUUAAGGAAAUCGCGCGAUGGCUAUCGCCGAUCCGGAUAUUUAUGUGAAAAUGUGAUUAUUAUAAGUAAAACUUCAACUACAUUGCCUCCUUGUAUAAACGAUAUCGUGUAGCAAUACAUUUUUUAAUAUCUUCACGUGGAAUGAAGACCAUGUGUAAAAUAUCGAAAUACGUUUAACGUAAAAACUGAAACGCGAGCCAUACAUAAAAGUUGCUAGAAAUUAAGAACAUAGAUAUUGAUACAAAUCAAUGUCUGUGGUAGUUUAAUAACUCUCAUCACAAGCGAAACGGUGAGCUAUUUACGCGUCGAUUCGAGUAAAGUUGAUCAAACUGGAUUACUAAUACGGUAAGAGCGCCAUAAUUAUCAAUAAAGAUAUUUCGUUUUGUAGCAAGCACAUUAUAUCAUUAAGUAUUUCGUGGAGUAUCUUUUGAACUCUAUAUCACAUUCUCAUUGCGUACUGAGAAUAAAUAUACGCAUACAACGACAGCAUAAUAAUUCCUAAGUGGCUGUUUUGAUCACGUUUUCUGUUGAGAAAUAAUUAAAUAUGUAAUUAUAUAUAUUUUUUUAAAUAUGUGAAUCGUUAAAUUUUAAGCAAAUGAUUGUUAUUUAAUGUCACAAGGCCUGUGCUCAUAUAUUCUAUAUAUAUAUAUAUAUAGUAAAAUUAUACAAAAUAAGUGUAUUGUAAGUAUAUUUUACAAUUUCGUAAGCAUGUUUCUAAACACUUAUGAAAUCUUAAAACAUACUUCUAAUUCAUUGUAAUUGUGUCGUUAAAAAUUUGUUUAAAAAAAAUGAGUUUUCAAUGCAAACUCAAAUUAUGGUAGUUUAGUCAGAGUCUAUAUGUAAAUAAGAGAGAGGGAUAUUAUACUUAUAUAUGUAUGUUGUUGCAAUGUACACAAGAUAAAUUGUGAUAUACUCUGAUAUAAAUAUAUUUUUCAAAAAAG